UUAUGGCUUGAAAUCAUGGAGACGGGGAAACUUCCCCAGACUGGCCAGUGCUGUUUGCCCCACCGGGAUGCUGUGUCUAUCGACAUAAUACGACGGCGGAGUUAGUGACUGACGGGUGGUCUAAUCUGCUGCUGAGGUCAUGUAUAUAAAAGCCACUUUUUACUUUUUGUCGGUUGUUUCUCAAGAUAUCCCAUCACUCAUCUUGUAUCUUUACUCCUCACCUCAACAUUUCAUUAUGGCGCCAUCCGUAAUCGACGUAACAAUGCAGAGCUCCCAGCCUAGCGAUGCCAUCAAAAAGGCACCGGGUAAAGCCAUCUUGCCAGACUACAUCGUGCCACUACGUCCAACCCCAGCCGAUACUCCCAUGUCAGAAAUCCGUCGGAGGUACGAGGAAGAUGGCUAUGUAUGGAUGAAAGGUCUUCUGCCCACAGCCGACGUUUGGCAAACCCGAAAAACCUACUUUGAAUUUACUGGCCCAACUGGCCUCAUAAAAGAAGGAACUGACCCCAAAGACGGAAUAUACUGCGGGGGAGACUGGCGAAAUGUAAGCCACCCCAGAAACCCCAUACCAUCCCCCUUUUGACAUACCCUUUAGUGGGUAGCCCCCGGACCGUUCCGAGAAAGUCUCAAGCUUCAGAACUCAAAUCUGGAGUAUCAGAAGCGAAUGGUCGAAGCCCACGCCGCACCAUGGUACAUGGCAUUCGCCAGUCACCCAGUCCUACUAAACUUCAUCAAAGACUUCACCGGCUGGGAAAAGACAACACCUUUGAAACGUUCCAUCUUUCGACCAAACGUGAAAGGAGGAGAGCCAACCGGCAUCCAUUAUGACCAAAUUUUCCUCCGCGGCGGACCACCUACAGCCCUCACAGCCUGGGUUCCACUUGGAGACUGCGCCAUAAACGGUGGUGGUCUGAUGUAUCUCAAUGACUCCGUCUCAAUUGGCGAGAAAAUUGAGGAGGACUUUGCAGAAGCAGCAAAGGACUUUACAGAUGAGCAGCGAAUCUCUGCUUUCAACGCGCAUAUGAUGAGUGGUGGCUUUCUCAGCAAAGACCUACGCGAAUUUUCAAAGAAAUGGGGAAGGAAGUGGUUGGCUGCAGAUUACGAGGCGGGAGAUGUGGUUUUCCACAAGGCAUUCAAUAUUCAUGCUAGUGCCGUCAACGAGUCGGACGUCAUUCGACUGGCUACAGAUUUGAGAUACGUUGAGACUGAGAAGGCAUUUGAUGAGAGAUGGAUGGAGAACUGGAAGGUAAGUUGAUACCUGCUCAUGCCGGCGUAAUACUUGCUAACCAUGACAGCCUGAUGAUAAUCUUUAAGAUGGCUAGGAUAAGACGAGAGUAACCUGGUAAAGUUCAUACAACAUGGAAUAAUUCGGUCUUUUGAUGUUGCGAUAUAUGGAUGAACAUGGCUUCAUUUUGUUUGGUUCUAGAUUUUAGGAA